UAUAUAUCAAACUCACAGGGAAGAGAGGAAAAAGGAAAAUUGUUUCGUUGCUCUUGUUCUUGUUUUUGUUUUAAGCAAUGGAACUCUUGCUUAUUUCAAUUAAAGCUCUAGUAAAAGAGAUAAAGGAAGAGAUGUUGUUGAACGUUGAUCCCUACUCAUUUGUUUCACCCUCAGCUUAUGACACUGCCUGGUUAGCCAUGGUUCCUGCAGAAUAUUCCAACCAGACAUGUUCAGUACCCAUGUUCAAGAAUUGCUUAGAUUGGGUGGUGAAUAACCAGACAGAAGAAGGGUAUUGGGGAGAGCGAGACGCCCAUGGCAAUCCCACCAUCGAGUCUCUACCUGCUACUUUGGCUUGUGUAAUUGCACUCAAGAAGUGGAAUGUUGGAAAUAGAAAUAUAAAGCUAGGAUUGGACUUUGUGCAUGGAAACGCCGAGGAGCUCCUUGGAGUAACUUACGAUCACUUUCCUCGUUGGUUUACCAUUGUUUUGCCUGGAAUGAUUGAACUUGCACGUACAGUUGGGCUCCAACUUGCCUUCCCUUCCCAACUAAAUGGACUGUUGUUAGACUUAUUCCACAAACGGCAAAGGAUCCUUGAAACGGAGGAACUUGUUGACAAUCAAUAUCCUCCAUUGUUAUCGUAUCUUGAAGCCCUGCCUUCAUCAUAUGGUAUUAGUGAAGAAGACAUAACCAAGAAUUUGAAUGGUGAUGGGUCAUUGUUCCAAUCCCCUGCGGCCACUGCACGUGCUUUCAUGGCUAGUGGAAGGGAAGAGUCUCUAUCCUAUCUGCAAUCGGUUGUAGGAAGAUGUGCUAAUGGAGUUCCACCAACUUAUCCCAUGGAUGAAGAGCUAAUAAAGCUUUCUGUGGUCAAUCAACUCCAAAGAUUGGGUUUAGCUGCCCAUUUUUCACAUGAGAUUGAUGACAAUUUGGCCCAGCUUUACCGGAACUACAAAAGCCGAGAGUCGAUGGCAAAACCAAGCAAUAAUGCAAAUGUCGCAAUCCAGCUGCACAAAGACUCUUUAGCAUUUCGACUCCUCCGCAUGCAUGGUUAUAGCGUAUCGCCUUGUCAUUUCUGUUGGUUCUUGAAUAAUCAAGAAGUUCGAGCUCAUAUUGAAGAAAAUUAUGAAUACUUGUCAAGCACGAUGCUCAAUGUUUAUAGAGCUACAGAUCUUACGUUUCCAGGAGAAUAUGAACUUGAGGAGGCGAGAUCAUUUUCUAGGAAAGUGUUGGAGAAAGUUACAUUGAAGGCUACUAGCUUUAGAUCUAUGGGGCUUAACCAAAUGAUGAAGCAUGAACUAAGAUUUCCAUGGAUCGCUCGACUGGAUCAUUUGGAACAUCGAGCAUGGAUUGAAGAUAAUAACACCAACAUUUUGUGGAUAGCCAAGGCCUCCUUCCACAGGUUGUCACCCCUAUUAAAUGAGAAGCUAAUGCAACUUGCUCUGGCGGAUUACGAGUUUCGUCAGUCAAUAUACAAGAAUGAAUUGGCGGAAGUGAAAAGGUGGUCCAGGAUCAGGGGUAUGAGCGACAUGGGAUUUGGUCGAGAGAAAACUACAUAUUGUUACUUUGCCAUUGCCUCCAGCAUUCCACUACCUUAUGACUCUGAUAUACGGAUGAUAAUUGCGAAAAGUGCUGUUGUGAUAACAGUUGCUGAUGAUUUUUAUGAUACGGUAGCUUCCUUAGAUGAGUUGAAUACUCUCACUGAUGCAAUUGGAAGAUGGGAUUCUAAUGGAUUGGGUGGUCACAGUAAGACUAUCUUUGAUGCCCUUGAUGAUCUCGUUAGAGAAAUUGUGGCAAAAGUUUCACAACAGCGGGGUACUGAUAUAACAAAUUUUCUGCGGCAGAUAUGGUAUGAAACGUUCGUUUCAUGGCUUGUGGAGGCAAAGUGGAGCAGGGGUGGAUUUCUACCAUCAAUGGAUGAAUACCUUGGAACUGGAAUGAUAUCCAUUGCUGCACAUACCAUAGUUCUUCCAGCGUCAUAUCUAUUGAAUCCAAGCUUAACAGAUUGCAAAAUCAGGCCAGGGGAAUACGAGACUGUUACCAAAUUGCUGAUGGUUAUACCUCGAUUAUUGAAUGACAUACAGAGCUAUCAGAAGGAAAAAGAAGAGGGGAAAAUGAACUAUGCAUUACUCUAUCUGAAAGAAAAUCCAGGAGCAGACAUUAAAGAUUCAACUGCCUAUGUGCGAGAAAUACUCGACAAGAAAUGGGGAGAGUUGCUCCAACAUGUUCUGAUGGAUGGAUUUGGAGAAUUGCCCAAACCAUGCAAGCUUCUCCAUUUGUCAUGCGUGAAAGUUUUUCAGAUGUUCUUCCACUCAAGCAAUAGAUAUGAUUCCAACACAGAUAUGCUUCAGGACAUCCAAAAAGCAAUCUACAUCCCUAUAAAUGUUGGAUUAACCUCAAAGCCAUUGAUGCCUGAUCAGCAGGAAUAUCACCAAACAAUCAACUCCCACUCUGGUCGACCUCCCAAAUAUAAAAGAUCACAGAUCGAGCUAGUUACUCCAUAGUUUUGCCUACUAUGUUGGGCAUGUUAAAUUAAUAUGUUUGUGCUACCAAAAUUUUAAUGUUUCUUUCUUUUAGUAUAUUUCAUAAAUUGUUAGCCUCUCCAGCAUUCAUGGAUAAGAGGAACUGAAACUCUGAAAUGUUGUAUAUGUUGCGUAGGAGAAUCAGGUCCAUCAAACUGCAUAUUUAUGUAUUACUAAAUAAAAGUGAUGGCUCCUUUGAUGUUUCAGGUGAUUUUUGUUUUCUUAAGAUU